AUGGAGAUUUGUACUUCAAAAACCAUUGACCUGAUUUUACUAAUCAGCGGCAAUAGAGUUAAUGUUGAACGAGCAAAACAAAAGAUUAUUGCAAGCGACCAAACUCAAAUUAAAACUACUACUACACAGUUUCCAAAAGAACAUCGAAGUAAGUUAUUGGGCAAACAAGGAUUUAAUUUUAGAACUAUUGAAAAACGUACAGAAGCACGUGUUCAAAUACCGUGUUUGAAAAAUUUGUCUGACAUAAUUUAUAUUACUGGAAAAAAGGAUUUCACGAAAAAAGUAGUUCAAACAAUGGUUGAUGAAAUUCAUAAAUAUGUAUCUGAAUUGAAAGUAAAUCCGAAGUUUCACAAAUAUUUAAUUGGAAAAAUUGGAAUUAAUGUUGAAAAGAAUGUUAAAAAAGCAGAAACAAAAUUUGAAGUUAUGAUAACCGAUAUUGGUAAUGUAAUCGAAGAACAUGUAGAAAUCAAUGAAAAAUAUAAUUGCACUUUAGUGGUCAAUCAAAAAGAAUGUUUAUACAAAUUGGAAAAAGAAUGUGGCAACGUUAAAAUUGAAUUUCCUAAACUUGGUGCUGCAGAUAGAGUUGUAAUCAGUGAUAGCAAAACCGAUGUUGCUCUUGCUAAUCAAAGACUUUUAGACCAUGCUAAAAUUUUAGUAUCUGUAGUAAAUAUUGAUCCGAAGUAUCAUAAUUACUUUGUUGCUAGACGUUGUGAAAUUAUCAAUCGAAUUAUUAAUGAUUGCAAUGAAGUGUCUAUACAAUUUCCGAAAAUAGCUUCUAGUAAUAAUACUGUCAUCAUAAAAGGAGAUAAAAUAAAUGUUGAAGAGGUGAAACGUAAGAUCGAAGAAAUUGUUAAAGACUUGAAAAACAUAAUUGAAGGCACUAUGAAUGUUACUCCAAAAUAUCAUCAUCAUUCUGUUGCCCACCACGCUGAAGUAAUAAACCAGAUAAAUGGAAAACACAAUGGAGUUACUGUUACAUUUCCACGAGUUAAUUCCAAUUCUACUAAAGUUUUGAUUAAAGGCCACAAGGAUUAUGUUGAAAAAGUCAAAAAUGAAAUCGAUAAUACAUAUUAUUAUUGA